GUGCUGUGGGUCGGCGCUAACGCGCAGACAGUAUGGCGGACGAUGGGGAUGGUAGGAGCGGAGCAGCAGCAGGCGACACAAGUGGCGGGCAGGGCGCGACGAGCACAGAGGAGCUGGAUCCGGGGCCCGGCGUCGGCGCCAUGCUGCUCAACCUCAGCAUUUUAAUCCUCGUGUUGGCCACCUGCUAUGUCGUGUACAGACGGUGGCUGAGGCGGUCGGGCGCGGACGCGGCCGCGGCCAGCGAGGCCUCGCCGUUGCCCAAGAUGGGCAGGCGCGACUUCACCCUGGAGCAGCUGCGGGAGUACGACGGGGCGCAGAACCCGCGCAUCCUCAUCGCCGUCAACAUGAAGGUGUUUGACGUGACCAGCGGGAAGAAGUUUUACGGACGUGAGGGUCCGUAUGGAAUCUUUGCGGGCCGGGAUGCCUCUCGUGGUUUGGCUACAUUCUGUCUAGAGAAGGAUGCACUGCGGGACGAGUAUGAUGACCUGUCAGAUCUUAAUGCGGUUCAGAUGGAAAGUGUCAGGGAAUGGGAGAUGCAGUUUAUGGAAAAAUAUGACUAUGUAGGUCGUCUGCUGAAGCCCGGUGACGAGCCGUCGGAGUACACAGACGAGGAGGACAUUAAGGACCAUCUGAAACACGACUGAUGUGCUCCAUCCAUACAGCGACCAAAGCCUGAGACUCAGACCGCUACCAUCCAACCAACCUGCCACUUAUUGCCCAGACUACCCCAUUUACCCCCAUUACCCACACCAGGUUUCCCCCACCCUGCACCUUAACUAAACGCUCCAGACAGGUGUUUUGGUACCACUGCAGCAGAAGGCCUUCAGCAGCAACAGAGCUACACCCACGUGCUCCUGGCUGGGCUGGCUGUGGUGCGGUUUCACCAUUUAAUAUGGGAGUAUUAAAUCUGUACUCACUUCAAGAUAUCCGUUCACACCUUGUUUUAAACUCCUGCCAUUAUCUUUACUUUCUUUUUUCCCUCUUUGCCCAAAUGGUUCUCAACCCCAGUUCUUAUGAGCCUGCCUGAUCGUUACCAAGCCAGUGAUGAUUGAUUGUUGUUGAGUUUGUGAGUGUGUUUUAGCACAGAAAGAACUCAAUGUUUGUGUCUGUAGUUCAUCACCAUGGGUGCAAUGGGUUCCCUGUGAUUGAUUGAUUGAUUGAUAGAAGCUGAACAGCAGAAGCUCCCACAGACUAUUCCUAAUAGAGGGCGUUUUAAAAGUCAGUGCUUUUUUGACAGUGGAGAAGCAUGUCAAAUUAGCCAAAUUUAGUCAAGCCUGUCAGGUAGCAGAAUGGUCUUAUUGGACAAGCCACUCUCAUAGACUGUGCUUGAGAGAACCCUGUUUGCUUAGCUUUUUGCUUUUUUGGAGGGGUUUAUUUGCCUGUUGCUCACAAUGUUCACAAAGUUCUUUUCCCAUCAAAUCAAACCCACUACUGAAACAAUAAAAAAGGUUGAGUAUCUUUUUCCUCUUAGCUGAAACCCCCCCAAUCCACAGCCGCCUUUCUUAUAUCCCAUUUUACCUCUGCACAGUGAAGCAAGUCCUGGGACUUUCACUAAAUCCUGCACAUCUGCACGCUUGGGUCACGGGCCGAAAAUGUGAAAUGAUUUUUAAAAUGUUGAAUGAAACACACUGAUGUUUCUCAUACACACCCCCCCAAACAUACACACAAACAACCUGAUUUCUGUUCACUUGUUUCUGUCGGGACAUCACUGUUAAAGAGAGGGAACCUUGUGCUAAUGGGAUGGAGAGAGAGAGAGAGAGAGAGAGAGAAAUGGUUCAGUGGUUCAGUUUUUGAAAAGAUUUAAAAGACUGGGUCAGGAAACACAGCUGGGUUCACUCACAUUUUUGUUUUUUUUGCUUGUUUUGUUAAUUUUAACAGCUACCAUUAAUCUACUACCAUUAAUCAGCAUUUUGAGGCUCGCUUUGUGGUGGGCUGUAUUUUAGCUGGGGUAACUUUUCCCUCUAAAUUUGAAAAGUGAUUCUUGAGGCUAGUUGUUGACAAUGUUGGCUGAUCUGUGAAUGGUUUAGGGGGAGGGAGGAAGGUUCUUAAGCAUUAGUUUAGUUUAAGUAUUAGGUUAUUUACUAUACAGUGUGCUCUUUUAGUGGCACAGUUUUCGUUGUCACAGUGUGAUGGUACACAUUUGGGUAAAGGGGAAACAGGGUUUCUGUGGCAAUGGAGGAGGAGGAUGCAGGUUAUCAGAAAAACAUGUUAAUCAGAAUGGCUGUUUGGAACACAAAGGGAAAUCUUUUUUUUUUUUUUUUUUUUUUUUUCUUUUCAAUUUAAAAUAAGUCGACUGUUUUAUUUGUCCCAAUUCCUCCCCCUUCUGCCCCCUUUUGAUGCAUAUACCCCAUGAUAAAACAGUCUGAGUAGAAAUUGUGCCUUAUUUGUGUUCUUUUAUAUGUCCAAAAAAAAAAUCCUGUACGGUGAAAAGCAAGAAACAGGAUGAAGAAUUGAAGGGAGGGUUUUGGGCAGGGAGAUUAAACAAAUAAAACCACAAGCAUAGAGUAAAACCGAUUUGAAAACUCGUCCCAUUCUCUCGCUCUGCUGUUGUUGGUGUUCAACCACACCAUAAUGCCCUCCCUUUUCAAAUGAAACGUUCAGAUGACCAAAAGGCAUGUUUCAAACCUGAGACCUGAGAGAGUCCACGACACCCCCCCCCCCUCCCCUCUUCCCACCCACCCUCCCACCCCAAAACUACUUCUGUGCAACCUUUGUACAUAGACUUAAAGUAUUCAGUGUUACUGCCAUGUUUAUGUAGUUAAUGGACUCUAUGUACUACUACUGUGCUGUAUUGGCCAUAAGUCUAUUUCAUCAUUCUCUCUCUCUUUAUUUGGCGCUCCCAUCUUUGGUUUUCUCUGCUGACGUUCUUUUUAAGUGUGGAAGAAAUUGUGCGAUGUGUUCUUGGAGCAGGCCAUGGGGUGCGGAGGAUUGAAAACACUUUUUGUUAUUUUUAUUUUUUUGGAGCUUUCUUAGAUGGGGAGGGAGGGAGGGGGGGAGGUGUAAGAGUAGAAUAAGUUAAAAAAAAGGUGGAUUCUGUAAAUAUGUGUUUCAUUUUAUUGAAGCAUGUGCAGCAUAACCAUGAGCUAAUGCUGUCUUUUUCCCCACUUCAUGUAUUUAAUUGUCAGGACUGUCUGUGUGAGCGCCUGCGUGUGGGGAGGAGGAUGAAGAGACAUGCUGAUGCAUAAAGCAAAUAAACAGAUUUGGAUAAUAAAACA